GAAUCACUACCACAAGAUGGGGUUAAUGGCUCAAGGCGUGCUGGGAACUGCUGGCCUGAUUUAUGAAUAUCUGAUAUCCCAGGUGCAUGAAAGGGAGAGGAAAAACCUAGCUGUGAGCUAGAAUGGCCCUGUGUGGCCAAGGGUGGGGUUGAUCAAGAGUGCAAAGACCAAACACAGCCAAUCUGUGCUGUGUCCUUCUGUCCCUGUGUUAGUCCCUGGGAGAUGUGCUCCACAAGGGCACUGCCCUUCCCUCACCUCCUGCUGAGAUGCUGGUUGGGCCACAAACCACACGGUGAACCCACUGCAGGUGCAGGCCGUGACAGUUCUGCUUGGUGCCUGGAUGCGGAAGGGCUGGCACUGCAAGAAACAGCCUUGUACUGAACAACACACAGUGUCUUAAGCUGGGGGCAACAACAUUAUCUUGAUUUUGAAAGAAACCCGGGCCAAACCUUUGAGCAAAGCUGAACCUGGUUGUUUGCAGUGGGGGGAAUCUGCAGAAAUCAGGAAGCUUGAGGCUUGCUCAAGCAGAAAUGCUUGCUCAAACCGCAACAACUGAAGGGGAAUUUAAGAGAGCCAGGGGCUUUUUACAAGAAUUUGCUCUUUUCACACAAUGCGAGUUCCUCCAAGCAAGCAGGGCAGUGUGAGAGGAAACGCGAGAGUUGCUCAGGAGUCUCUGUGGGCAAGAUGGAGCCAAAAGGCAGAGCACUGUGGGCUUCACAAGAACUGGAAAAAUGAAUUCAAAAUGAAUAUUCAGGUGGAUUUCUGCGCCCACCCUGGCUGCAGGAAAUGCGUUAUCCAGUCACUGGCUGCAUUUGGUCUUCCCCUUAUGACAACAGUAUCCGCUAUAUGGAAUCCCAGAUUGCAUUAGCAAAGUUAUAAAAAAGCCAGCAAAGCCAUGACACAUCUGCGUUCAGCUCCCUCAUGCACGGUUACUGAACUUAAAUUCUUUUGCUGUCUGUCAGAGCACGGCCUCAGCAGUGCAGCAGAAAACACCAGCAGCUCCACAGGAAGAGAAGCACGGGGCCACAGCUUACUCCAGCCUCGGAUGCCUGCACAUAGAUCUCUUCUGAGCCCAAGAUGAGCUUUCACCCACAAUGCACAUUUGUGGUUCCUCCAGGAGGUCUCUGUAGCAGCAUUAUGCAGUGCUGUAGGGUUUCAUUUCAUUUCUCUAUACAGCUGUAAAAGGUUUCUCGGAAACCAGAGAUCGUUGCAUUUGACUUGAGUUUGCUUGUCUGCCAGAGGCUGUUUCAAGUUACUCUUUGCAGCCAUACUGAAUGAAUCCCGAGGUGAGAAGGAGGCAGCAACAACAAGUGCUCUUUAUCCUUGUUUAGAAGUCGCUGCUUCUAAUUAUGUUCCCUCCUUGUAAUCAUUAAUAUCAAGAACUACAAAAUGAGGUCAACCUCUAUUAAAUGCAAUGACUUUGCCUGCGGAGUUGGCGAUGAAAGCAGCUUCACAAUAAAGGUUUCCAUUUAGGGGGAAGCUUCUGUUUCAAGAAGUCCCCUAACCCAGUGCAGCAGCUUCAUUUUUCAUGUGCUGGUUGUAACAAAACACAGAGACUAGGGCUGAGAUUUUAAUCAGCAAAAACCCAAGAAAAACAGAAGAGUAAAAUCUAAACAUGCAAAUUAAGAAUACAAGAAUACCAAAAGACAAGUUGCUGCAGGUCUGGCAAGCAAAACCUUAAUUGGCAGAGAUGACUGAGAGCUGCAACCUCGAACCAACUCGGGGUCAUCAUGAGCAACAGCUGCGUGCAGCAAGAGGCAAGCAAGAGCAGCAGGUUUGCCUCAUUUACCUGUAGGAGCUCAUUUUGAGAUGUGAAAGACUACUGGCUGUGUAGCAGCACUGCUUUCUGCCUAUUAGAGGAGUGUAGUCCUGUCCCAUUGGCAUGAAAAGCAGGAGGUCUGGGCUCAAGAAUUUUCCAGCUAACCCAGCAGCAAAGGGGGCCCCUUGCUAACACUGGUUUGGCCCCUUCUGCAUCAGCUCCAAUGUGCUGCCAGUGCUGGACAUUGCUUGGCACAGUGCAGUGCAGGGGAUCUGGUCCGCCAGGAGCAGGACUCGCCUCUUGUUGGAGCAGUCAGGAAUGUGGACUCAAGAUGAAAUGAUGACCAUUCCCCAUCACAGCAGAACACUUCUAUGACUUUGCAGACUGUAUUUACAACCAGAAUGGAAUGUGUUCUGGGAAGAAACAGCAGAAAGGCUAGGAGUCGUAUAUUGAACUUCAUGUCUUUAUCCUUGCUGUGAAGACAGUCCUUCCACAUUGAGUGACUAUGCCUGUGUAGAGUUCCAUGAACAAUACCUUGUUUCCUGAAUGGCUUCCAGAAGAAUCGUUGGUACCUUAUUUUCUUAGUGGCUAUUAAUGAAUACGGAGGAUUCAGAUGGCUGGUCAAGUAAAAGACCUUGAUCAGAAUUGAACGCUGUGUGUGCCAGAUGUGUUGAGGAAAUGAUUUACUGUAAGCAAAAUAACUGCUCUUGGUUGAAGCACUGUUUGGAUUCAAGUUCAUAUUUUUGACUUUUGAACUGAUGACCUUCUUAGUUGGUGAAAAAAGUAGUUAUUUUUGGGUGCAUGAUAUGGAAUGAAGCAUAUUCUAAGGUACUGUUGUUGAAUGUCUUAGUUUAAAGAUAAGAUAAUCUGUAUUCCAACAGCAUUUUUCUUUUAAUUUUCCAUUAAGAAUCCAGUAAGAUGAAGAAUGUCAAAAGGAGUCUACGAAUGAGAACAAGAUGGCAGUUCCACUCUUGACUGAGAGGUUGAGGAAGUGGACUAAUGCAUGAGUGCUGUGAUAUUUCUGUCCAAGAGAAGGACGUUAAAACGUGGACUCCUGUGUUUUUUAAACCAGAGAAGAUCUGGGUUGUGAUCAUCCGAUCAAAAUGGACUUUGCACUUGAAUUGAUCAGGGGACUGGGUCAGUGGUUGUCCAGUGAUGGAUCUGUUUGAGGAUUGGGUGGUAAAAUUUUAUUCUCAGAUUAUAUAUGUUUAAGAAGGGAAUUAAAUUGGUAAGAAAUCUGUUACUAUCCCAUUGGACAAAAUGUAUUUUUUUUUUUUAAAGUGACUUAAUAAAAGGUUUUGGUUUCUUUCAUGCUUUGUGUUUGUCCUUUCUGGCUGAAUCUUUUCUUGGUCGUGUUGAUAUUUAAGUGUUGUAUUUUUGGUUGCUAUGAAAGUGAGAAAUACUUUAGCUGCCAAACACUAAAGGCAAGGUAAAAAUUUUAUGUUCCUAAUGUUUAAAAUGUGGUUUUCAUUUACAAAUUAUCUUCACUUUGCUAUGACUUCUAAUGAAUAUUUAUUCUGGUUUGUUCAUUUAGGUGCUUAAUGUGGGGCACUUUUUCUAAACUUGGUGUGUUGUCAGGGUGCUUCUGCUGAGCCUUCUGAAGUUAUUUUAAGGUGGAAUCAGUAUCAUGCUGAAGGCUGGGCAAAUGUGUUAUAAUAAAGGAGUACUUAAAUGUUUUCUGUAGGUUUGUAAGAUGUGCUUGCUCAGUCAUGUGUGUGUGUACAGAAACUGUUACCAGACUUCCAACAUACUUCCUAAACAGUCUUUUUUCCUAAAAUUGUUCUGUACGUGUACCUGAACUGUUUCACUGCUAUUUAAUGUGGACAUGGCUUCCUGCUUCUGUACCAUGUAUUUGAUGAGGAAAGUUGUGUUAAUUUUCUCACUGCUGCAGGUGAUGGUUGCUUUUUCAAAUGAAUUUGAAGGUGGAUCUUACACUAAAAAAAAAAAAAAAAAUCCAGAUUUUUUGUGAAUGAAAUAAUUGAACGAUAUUUCAAGCACAUUUCACUUGAAAUUCAUGGUUGUCUGUGUCAGUUGGUCUUCAUGCAUAAGACAGAUCUUGUUCUGAGAGCUUAAGCAAUGGAAGUUGUUGUUGUUUUUGGUUUUUUUUUUUAAAGAAAAAAAAAAAAGAAAGUGGGCUGUUCAGUGAUUUUGCUCCUCUAGGCCUCUUUGGAAAUAUCCACUUGUACCGUAAUGAGUUGUUCAUGCUUGUUGGAUCCAGCUGUUUCGAUGAUGCUGAUGUCAAUGCUCGCCUGUUGAAGUUUGCUUUUGCCAUGCUUUAUAUGAGGUGGUGUUGGAUGCUGGGACCAACUUAGAGAUCCACAUUCAGAUGAGUGGAUUUUCUUUAUCGUUAACCGAAAGCAUUUGCAGUUUUGUUGUCCUACUCCUUGGUUCCAGUUCAGGUGUUAAGGGGUCUUCUGUAAAUUGUUGGUAAACUGACGUUCAGUGAAGUGGAUGCUGACAGCAGAGCGGACCUUAAUGUACCUCUUGGUAUGGAGAUAUGAUAGGUUGUUGGCAGAAAUAGGCAGCAGGUGUGUAGAGUUGAAAGGAAAUUUAUUGGUUCAGCUGGUGGAAGCCAGUUGUUUCCAAGCUGUUGGGAUGCUGUGCUGCGGACGGUCCUUGUAGACAGUGGAACUUGCCCAGUGCCUUCUUCCCCUCCAUCAGUUACCCGAUGGCUGACUUCCAUCUCUGGUUGUGAUGGCUACAAAUGUGGAAGAAGUCCUUGUGAUUUAAGUUGUCUGUUGCUUGUGGGGAAACAAAUGGUGGUCAGGAUGCAAGAGGCUGGGGAUGCUUGGUUCUCCUCCAUCUCCUCUGUGAUGUGUCUUCUCAGUACCCUGGAUGUUGGACUGUAGACGUGGCUUGUUUUCUGAAUGUGCAUGUUGGCUGUUUCGCGGCUUUGAAUUCUUUUGUUUAAAAUCUCUUGGCAAAUAUUAAUGAGUUAAGAAUGGAAAUGAGAAAUAAUUCAUUUGAUGGUGUGGGACUUAUUCUACAGCAGUGCCUUCACGUCGCUGAUGAGGUUGCCGUAGCAGUUGGGUUUGUGUUGCUGGGGCAGACCACUAGGGAGGCGCUGUUGAGCUGGAAGGGGUUGGAAGCACUGUGGGGCUUUUUCAGCAGCUCGUGGCACUUCUGUCCCAAGCACUACGUGCAAGCAUUGGAUGACAAAAGGAAGGGCUUUUGUCUGGGGGUACUAUGGCUUAAUUUAAAAAUAAAUGCCCCUCGGGUGGGGUGACCCCCAAGGUGGGCUGUUGCUGGCUGCAUGGCUGUGAGCUCCACUGCCAUUCUUUCAAAAUGGCUUGUAGCAGCUGCACUUCCUGUCCAGGGAGGAAGUAAUUUUAGCCCAUGCACUGAAAUAUUUAGCAAAUCUUUAAAACAAAAGGAACAAAUUACGUUUCUUUCUGGUUUCAAAAGGGUGGCUGAGCCACAGGGGGUUAAGGUGCCCCUUCUGCUGGGGUAGUUGGAAGGAGCCAGGGCUGUGGGGGGUAGCAGGCACCCUUUAGGUGGAGGCUAUCUCUUUUUUUGGUAGAAAUGAAGGGGUGGGUCUAUGGUACAUCACCUGAGUUGUGGGGUAAAUGUAGAGAGUGUCAAUCAAAGGCAGAGCUCAGAGCUGGGAAGGAGCUCUAGAUGGCGGCUGUGCCUUAGAGAGAGCGCGCUCAGCUCCGUGCCUUCCCCAACACUUUACGCAACUUUCCCUAACUUUCGGGCAGCCUCAGGGGGCCCCCACAGCCCCUUGCCUCUCCUAGGCACUAAUAGGGGGCCGAGCGGACCUUUUUCGGGCAGAAAAGCAGCUUUUGAGGGCUCCCUUUUCGUGCCUUGCUGGAAAGAAGAAGCCGUGGAGAGAGCCCAGGUCGUUGUUUUUCCAGCUUAGAAGCCAUGGCGUACCUCCAUUUUUGUGCGCUCUCCUAAUGAGCUUUUUCCCCCGGACAUUUUUGUACUAAUUAUCGUUUCUUUUGCUUUACCGACAGCAUAUUUUUGGGAUUAGAAUAUAUAUAUUUUUUCUUUUUCUGAAUUUCGUAUUUUAUCAUUCGAACUCUAAAUAUUUUGGAUCUAAUGUUUUUCCACGACCCGAAACUAAGAUCGACUUGGUCCUGGCGGCGGUGCAUGGAUCAGUAAAUACCUGGGCACAGGACUUCAAAGCAAGCAGACAUCCCUGACCCCCUCUUAUUAUUUAAGAAUAAAAAGAUGAUGAGAAAUAAGGACAAAAGCCAAGGAGAGGAGGGUUCAGUCCACAGCAAUGCAUCGAGUCACUCGGCAUCCGAAGAAGCCUCUGGCUCUGACUCUGCAAGCCAGUCUGAGAGCGAGCAGGGCAGCGAGCAGGGCAGCGAGUCUAACAGCAGCUCCGAGUCCUCUGAAAGUCAGUCUGAAUCCGAAAGUGAAUCAACGGGUUCGAAAUCCCAGCAGACCCCUCCUGAAACCAAAGAAAAACCAGCCUCUAAGAAGGAAAGGAUAGCAGAUGUUAAAAAGAUGUGGGAAGAAUAUCCUGAUGUUUAUGGGGUUAGGAGGUCAAACCGAAGCAGACAAGAACCGUCACGAUUUAAUAUAAAAGAUGAGGCAAGUAGCGAAUCUGAAAAUGAGAGCCCAAAAAGAAGAGGCCAGAAGCAAGUGAAAAGAAAAAAAAAGUGGAAAAGAGAGAUUUCUGGUGAAGAAGAGGAUGAAGAUGGAGGGGAUCAAGGCACCAGUGCAGAGAGCGAACCUGAACCGAAGAGAAUUAAAGCAAAAAGACCUGUCCAAAGGAGAACAAUGGCCAAAACCAGUGUUAAAAAACCUCCCAAACUCCAGCGUGGGAAGAAGAGAAAGAGACAGGUGUCAUCUGAAGAUGACGACGACGAUGAAGAUGGUGAAACUCCUAAGAGACAAACUCGACGAAGAGCAGCCAAAAAUGUCAGUUACAAGGAAGACGACGAUUUUGAGACGGAUUCUGAUGACCUGAUAGAGAUGACUGGGGAAGGGGCUGAUGAACACGAAGACAACAGUGAAACUAUUGAAAAAGUCUUGGACAUCAGGCUUGGAAAAAAAGGAGCCACUGGUGCUUCCACCACAGUGUAUGCAACUGAAGCUAAUGGCAACCCUAGUGCUGACUUUGACCCUGAAAAGGAUGAGGGAGAGGUUCAUUACCUGAUCAAAUGGAAAGGCUGGUCCUACAUCCACAGCACGUGGGAGAGCGAGGAGUCCCUGCAACAGCAGAAAGUGAAGGGCCUGAAAAAACUAGAAAACUUCAAGAAAAAGGAGGAGGAGAUCAAGCAAUGGCUGGCCAAGGUAUCGCCUGAAGAUGUGGAAUAUUUCAACUGCCAACAGGAGCUGGCUUCAGAGCUGAACAAACAGUAUCAAAUCGUGGAGAGAGUAAUUGCUGUGAAGACCAGCAAGUCUGCGACAGGGCAUGCUGACUUUCCAGCAAACAGUCGCAAAACAUCCUCGAAUGACCCCGAAUACCUGUGCAAGUGGAUGGGACUGCCCUAUGCAGAGUGCAGCUGGGAAGAUGAAGCUCUGAUAAGCAAGAAAUUUCAGCACUGCAUUGACAGCUUCAACAACCGUAACAACUCCAAAACAAUUCCUACCCGGGACUGCAAGGUAUUGAAGCAGAGACCAAGAUUUGUUGCCUUGAAGAAGCAGCCUUCUUAUAUUGGCAGUGAGAACCUGGAGCUGCGAGAUUAUCAGCUGGAGGGCCUCAACUGGCUUGCUCACUCGUGGUGCAAGAACAACAGUGUGAUCCUGGCUGAUGAAAUGGGCCUGGGGAAGACGAUUCAGACAAUCUCAUUCCUGUCGUACCUCUUCCACCAGCACCAGCUGUACGGUCCUUUCCUGGUGGUGGUUCCUCUGUCGACUCUCACCUCGUGGCAGAGAGAGUUUGAAGUGUGGGCACCUGAGAUCAACGUGGUGGUUUACAUCGGUGACCUCAUGAGCAGGAACAUGAUACGUGAAUAUGAGUGGAUCCACUCUCAGUCUAAAAGGUUGAAAUUCAAUGCACUUAUCACCACAUAUGAGAUUCUCCUCAAAGACAAGGCUGUUUUGGGAAGUAUUAGCUGGGCCUUUCUAGGCGUGGAUGAAGCCCAUCGUUUGAAAAAUGAUGACUCUUUGCUGUACAAAACAUUGAUUGACUUCAAGUCCAACCACAGGCUGCUGAUCACUGGCACUCCGCUUCAAAAUUCACUCAAAGAGCUCUGGUCCCUGCUGCAUUUCAUCAUGCCUGAGAAGUUUGAGUUCUGGGAGGAUUUUGAAGAAGAUCAUGGGAAAGGUAGAGAGAAUGGCUACCAGAGCCUUCACAAAGUCCUGGAGCCGUUUCUCUUACGCAGAGUGAAGAAGGAUGUGGAGAAAUCUUUGCCAGCCAAAGUGGAGCAGAUCCUCCGUGUGGAAAUGUCUGCUUUGCAGAAGCAGUAUUACAAGUGGAUUUUGACAAGAAACUACAAGGCUCUUUCAAAGGGAACAAGAGGAAGCACAUCUGGUUUCCUAAACAUCGUGAUGGAGUUGAAGAAGUGCUGCAACCACUGCUACCUUAUCAAGCCUCCCGAGGAAAAUGAGAGAGAGAAUGGCAUUGAGACCCUGCAGUCUCUGAUCAGGAGCAGUGGAAAGCUAAUUCUCUUGGACAAGCUGCUGACCAGGCUGCGGGACAGAGGCAACAGAGUCCUGAUCUUCUCCCAGAUGGUGAGGAUGCUGGACAUCUUGGCAGAGUACCUGACUAUCAAACACUAUCCUUUCCAGCGCUUGGACGGCUCAAUCAAAGGGGAGAUCCGAAAGCAGGCGCUGGACCACUUCAACGCCGACGGCUCUGAGGAUUUCUGUUUCUUACUGUCAACACGAGCUGGAGGGCUGGGAAUUAAUUUGGCCUCUGCUGAUACUGUUGUUAUCUUUGAUUCGGACUGGAACCCCCAGAAUGACCUUCAGGCUCAGGCUCGGGCUCACCGCAUCGGACAAAAGAAGCAGGUGAAUAUUUACCGCCUGGUCACAAAGGGUACAGUUGAGGAGGAGAUCAUUGAAAGGGCCAAGAAGAAAAUGGUGCUGGAUCAUUUGGUGAUCCAGCGUAUGGACACCACUGGACGGACUGUUCUGGACAACAACUCUGGGCGAUCCAAUUCAAAUCCUUUCAACAAAGAAGAGCUGACAGCUAUCCUGAAGUUUGGAGCUGAAGAUCUCUUUAAGGAGCUUGAAGGAGAAGAGUCAGAGCCUCAGGAGAUGGACAUUGAUGAAAUUCUGCGCUUGGCUGAAACACGAGAGAAUGAAGUGUCCACCAGUGCCACUGAUGAGCUGCUGUCACAGUUCAAGGUGGCUAACUUUGCAACCAUGGAGGAGGAAGAGACAGAGCUGGACGAGAGGCCCCAGAAGGACUGGGACGAUAUCAUUCCCGAGGAGCAGAGGAAAAAAGUGGAGGAGGAAGAAAGGCAGAAAGAACUGGAGGAAAUCUACAUGCUGCCUCGCAUCCGGAGCUCAACGAAAAAGGCUCAAACAAAUGAUAGUGAAUCAGAUGCAGAGACUAAGAGAAGGCUUCAGAGAUCAUCGGGGUCAGAAAGUGAGACUGAUGAUACCGAUGAUGAGAAGAGACCAAAGCGCCGUGGACGUCCUCGGAGCGUUCGAAAGGAUACUGUGGAAGGAUUUACUGAUGCUGAAAUCCGGAGGUUUAUCAAGGCUUACAAGAAGUUUGGACUGCCUCUUGAGCGGCUGGAGUGCAUUGCCCGGGAUGCUGAGCUGGUGGAUAAGUCUGUGGCUGAUCUGAAGCGUUUGGGGGAACUCAUCCACAACAGCUGUGUGUCAGCAAUGCAGGAAUAUGAGGAGCAGCUGAAAGAAAACCCAGGUGAAACAGGGAAAGGACCUGGGAAAAGAAGAGGUCCUACCAUCAAGAUCUCUGGUGUCCAAGUGAAUGUGAAAUCCAUCAUCCAGCAUGAAGAGGAGUUUGAAAUGCUGCAUAAAUCCAUCCCUGCAGACCCAGAGGAAAGGAAGAAGUACCGCCUGACGUGCCGUGUCAAAGCUGCCCAUUUUGAUGUGGACUGGGGAGUGGAGGAAGAUUCUCGCUUGUUAGUGGGAAUUUACGAGCAUGGUUAUGGAAACUGGGAACUAAUUAAAACAGAUCCGGAAUUGAAGCUAUCUGAUAAGAUCCUACCUGUUGAGACAGAUAAGAAACCUCAGGGAAAACAGCUCCAGACCCGAGUGGAUUAUCUACUGAAACUGCUGAAGAAGGAUCUGGAGAAGAAGGAAAACAUGAAAGAUGGGGAAGAGGGCAAGCUAAAGAAGAGGAAACCACGAAUAAAGAAAGAGAACAAGGCUCCCAAAGUCAAAGAUGAGCAUGGGAACGAACUCUCCCCUCCUCGGCACUCAGACAACCAGUCAGAAGAAGGUGAAGUCAAGGAUGAUGGCUUGGACAAGAGCCCAGUGAAAAAGAAACAGAAGAAGAAAGAGAACAAAGAGAACAAGGAAAAACAGACAAGCACUAAGAAAGAAAAGGAAAGUGAUAAAGAGAAAAAGAAGACAAAAGAAAAGAAGGAGAAGCCUAAAGGUGGUGAAGCCAAAUCUGGAAGUAAAGGGAAGAGAUCGCAAGGUCCCGUCCACAUUACAGCGGGGAGUGAACCAGUCCCUAUUGGAGAGGAUGAGGAUGAUGAUCUGGACCAAGAAACAUUCAGCAUAUGCAAGGAAAGGAUGAGACCAGUGAAAAAAGCACUGAAACAACUUGAUAAGCCUGAUAAGGGACUGACGGUUCAGGAACAGCUGGAGCACACACGCAACUGCCUCCUAAAAAUUGGGGACCGCAUCUCUGAGUGCCUUAAAGCCUACACCGACCAGGAUCUUAUCAAGCUAUGGAGAAGGAACCUAUGGAUAUUUGUGUCAAAGUUCACAGAAUUUGAUGCCAGAAAACUGCACAAACUCUACAAGAUGGCUCAUAAGAAAAGGUCGCAGGAAGAAGAGGAGCAGAAAAAGAAGGAGGACAUGGCCAGCAUGCCCAGCGUGAAGAAGCCGUUCCGCCCAGAGCCUUCGGGCUCCAGCCGCGAUCCUGCCAUGGCCCAGUCUCACGUGCCUCACAAUCCUCAUUCCCAGAAGCUCCACAUGCCCCCUUCCCACGCCCAGCAGCAAAUGCACGGGCACCCACGUGAAAGCUACGGCCAUCCCCCCAAGAGACACUUCAGCAACACAGACCGAGGAGAGUGGCAACGAGAUCGAAAGUUCAGCUACAGUGGCAACAGCAACCAGAUGUGGGGUGGGGAGAGGCAUCACCAAUACGAGCAGCACUGGUACAAGGACCACCACUAUGGGGACCGGCGAUCUCGUGGAGACCCGCACCGCAGCUCUGGGAACUACAGACCAAAUAACCUCUCCCGCAAGAGGCCGUACGAGCAGUACAGCAGUGACCGAGACCACAGAGGCCACCGGGAUUAUUACGACAGGCACCACCACGACUCCAAGCGCCGACGAUCCGACGAGUUCAGGCCUCAGAAUUACCACCAGCAGGAUUUCCGACGGAUGUCUGAUCACAGGCCGCCCAUGGGGUACCAUGGCCAAGGACCUUCGGACCACUACCGGUCCUUCCACACAGACAAACCGGGAGACUACAAACAGCCCCUUCCUCCACCUCACCCUUCCGUAUCGGACCCUCGCUCGCCCCCCUCUCAGAAAUCUCCUCAUGAUUCCAAGUCGCCUCUCGAUCACAGGUCGCCUCUGGAUAGGUCGCUAGAACAGAAAAACAAUCCAGACUAUAACUGGAACAUGAGGAAAACGUAAAGCGACUGAGAAGGGGGGGAAACACAUCUGGAAAGACUUGGAUGCAACAACCAGAAACUCUGAACAUGCUGCUAUCAUCUUGCUGGGUCAAGGAGGAUUUUGGAGGAGCAGGUGGAGGAAGACUCAGUUCUAAUUUGGGUUCCCAUUUUGUUUCCCCCCCUUUCUCUCGUUGAACGUUGGAAACAGACUUGCCUCAUUCUUUUUCUUUGGUUUGUUUUCCCCAAUCCGACGGACACAUGGUGAAUUUUCCUCAGCCACAGUGUUUCCUCAAAACUGAGAAGGCGGAUCAGUGCUGCUUAGGAUUGUGCCAGAAGGCUGUGUGCCUGCUUGGUCUUGAUGUUACGUGACAGAUGCUGCUUUGGGACUGGGGAUAAACUGGUUGGGCUGGGCUUUGUGUGUAACCAGCAUAGGUCAAUGGAUGGUAUAUUCCAGGAGGGAUAGGAGAUUCCCUCAGCAUCCAAGCUGUUGUUGUCACAAGGGCUUGGUUGAAAGAGGAACUCUGUGUCCCUACAGUGACUCCAAAGGAGUUGGAUCCAUGCUGGUGACAAUCCAUCAUUUUUCUGGACUCAUUAUCAUUUCUCGUGUCUUUAUCCAUUUCAAGAAACUGGCUCUGCUCUGUCUGCCAUUGUGUCCACUGCCACAGAAGAGCAGAGGGGGAUCCAGGGCUGGAAUCAGCAAAUCUUGACUCUGGGAGACUCUGAGAUAUGUGAAAAAAGGCAGACUUCUUGUGUAGCAAAGGCUUAUUUCACUUCCAACAAGUAGGAAAGAAACUAGGGUGAGAGCAGUAUUUCCUCAUGGACAGGGCACAGGAAUUCGGAACAAGACCCCUCUUCUCUCCUGACAUGGGCAGCUUGGAUAUCCAGGAAUUAACACAGGUGCUGGCUGGGAGCUGUGAGUUACCAGGACAAGAGAUGGCUCUUGGCAUCUGGGGACCCUGAAGCUCCUAAUUCUGGGCAAGUCAUUUCUCUGUGUGCUUCACAAAAUGGUGAUCACAAACCUUUACUACAACCAACAGAUAAGGGGUGGUCGCACAGAGUUGAAUGGCAGUGCUGUGAGCUGAUCUCUGUCUGGGAAUGGUCACACCUGUCACCUUUCUGCCACCGUUCAGCAGUCCAAGUUGGAGAUGUGCCUGCGGGCUUAGCACUUAAGUGAGGAGGAAAGAAAAAAAAAAGAGGA